AUGGAGGCUAAGGCAGGAAAGUCCGCGAGCAUGAUGAGAGGGAGAAGCACUCCCGCGGAUGCGCAGCUUGAGGAGUUGCUGUCUCUGAAGUGGGAUAUCAAGCAGCGAAACAUAGUAGCGGGUGCCCUUCCUCACAUGUUCGAAUCUAUUCGGUCAGCCAUUGCUUCCAAAAACUGGACUCUGCAGAAUGCAGGGUUCUCGACUUUGAAACACCUUCUCUCUCGCUUGACCAUUCAGAGAAUGGAUCAUCAAAUUGCAUCCCAUGGCCGAGAUCUAUGCCCCGUUCUCCUCGAGCGUCUCGGCGAUCAAAGGGAAGACAUCCGUGCAAAAGCCGCGGAAGCUUUCACCGGCCUCUGGCCAGCCCUUCGGGACGAGGUGGAACACAAUGUUCUGAAAAAGGCCCUUGAGGGUAAAAACCCCAAAUCGAAAGCGAUGAGCAUGACCUGGCUCGCGAACAUGGCCCAGAUCCAUGACUUUCGCUUUCGUGCAUAUGUCCCCAACAUGGUCGCUUGUCUCGAAUACGCCGAUAGUGGCGUUCGAGAAGCGGCGAAGCUGGCGAUUGUUGGCCUUUUCCAGGGUGCUUCCGUGACCGCCAAAACGGAUCUUCGAAAGCAAUUGGCCGAACACAAUGUGAGAAGAUCGAUUGCCGAUGAUCUCUUGCAGACUGUCGGGCUCGACCCGGUGGAAACAUCGUCCUCCUCGCGCCCUGCUUCCCGCGUGGAGACCACCAGAAGGCCUGCGUCGCGAAUGGAGCCGCUCAAGAGACCGGCAUCGCGGGUAGAGACUGCCAGAAGGCCGGCCUCCAGGAUGGACUCUCCUAAGAGACCCGCAUCGCGACUUGAUUCUCCCACGAAGUCCUCGCAUGCCAGUGCCCCCCGCGUCCAGCCCCCGCGACCUGCCAGUACGCCCGCGCAGGCGUCAUCAUCCCGACCUUCACCUUCCCAAGAGGGGGACCUGCAGCCGAUGACGGUUGCCAGUCCUCGCGAGAUCGACGACCUGGUAAGGGACAUGCUUCCUUCCUUCGAGGGAAGAGAAACCGAGCAAAAUUGGUUGCCGCGGGAGAAGAACAUCAUCACUCUCCGACGCCUUACACUCGGAAGUGCCCCACAUAGAUUCCCAGAGGCCUUUAUUGGAGGAAUAAAGACGAUCCUUGAUGGUAGCUUUAAGGCUGUCAAUUCUCUUCGAACUACAGUGUCCACAAAUGGGUGUCUGUUUAUCCAGGACCUGGCACGAUGCUGUGGAUCUCAGAUUGAUUCUAUGGUCGAAAUCAUCAUGCAGAAUAUGGUGAAGGUUUGUUCGAACAUGAAGAAGAUCACCGCCCAGAAUGGCAAUGCGACAGUGUCUGUGAUCAUUGAAAAUGUCUCCUACCACAUACGUCUCCUCCAGCAUGUGUCCAAUGCAUGCCAGGACAAAAAUGUGCAGCUGCGCCUGUUUGGUACCGGCUGGCUCAAAACUUUACUCACCAGACAAGCCCCUUAUAAAAGUUCGAUGGAACACGGCGGCGGCUUGACUCUUAUCAUCAUGUCUCUCAAGAAGUGUCUCUCGGACGCCAACCCUGGUGUGAGAGAGGCUAUGCGGGGGGUCUAUUGGUUCUUCGUUAGUAUUUGGCCAGGUAGAGCCGACGAGAUUGUAUCGACGUUGGACAAAAAGAGUCGAACCUUACUCGACAAGCAUCCCAACAGACCUACCACCGCAAUGGAAGAGACAGUGGCACCGCCGCGGAAGGCCGGCUCGCCAAAGAAACCCACGGCUCUAGAGCAGAGCGGAAAGCCUUCGCAGGCUGAGCAGACCGGCAGCACUGCGUUGCGGGCAGCAAUCGCCGCUCAGAAAAAGGCACUGGCCAAACCUGCCUCAACCCUUUCUGCCGCUCCUAUACGUCCACCAACUCGUACGCAGAAGAGGAAUCCUCUCAAUGAAAACACGGCGCCGUCGUCGAAUAGAGGCCCAACCAUUUCCACCAAAAAGUCGGCCCCUGCAUUCAAAGAGGUUGUUGAGAGUCAUAACAACGGGCAUGGUGAUGUCUUGGACGACCUUGAAAUCCAGCACUGGAAUGCGCAUAAGGUCAGGAUAGACGAUAUCGAGGCCCAUGAACAGGGCUUGGAAGACCUUAGGAGCACAGGCGACAUCGCAGUCCCAGGAAUUGGUUUUACAAACGGCCACGGUAUAAACGAUAUCGAAGUUCGGCAAAACGAUGUCCACCGUGAUGAUGCCGGCGACAUUGAGGCCCAGAAGAAAAUCAUUGCCGAUAGUAAGGCCACAGGCGACGUCGCAGUACCGGAUCGGAAAAUCACAGACAGCGACAUUGCAAUCGACAUAGGAACCCAGCAGAUGAACGUACACCAGAGCGAUAUCGGCGACAGCGCAGACCAGCAGAGGAGCGGUCACAGUGGUGAUACAGGCGACCUCGAAGUCUGGCAGAAGUGGGCCGCAAAUAACGACGGUAUAAGCGAGAUCGCAGUCAGGCAGGAUGGCGCGCACAGUGACGAAGCAGGCAAUGUCCAGGUCCAGGAGAAGGGUAUAGCGGACCGUAACGAUACCAGGGACAUCCAACAGAGCAACACUUACGUCGAAUACCGGAAUGGCGACACACCCAGUAAGAGCUCAGGCGGGAUCGAAGCCCAGCAGACCGAAACUCGCAGUAACGGAGCAGGCGGAAUUGAAGCCCAGCGGAGCGACGCGGGCAGUAACGAACCAGGCCUAACCGAAGUCCAGCAAAGCGACGCACGCAGUGACGAACCAGGCGGAACCGAAGUCCAGCAAAGCGACGUACGAGGUAACGGACCAGGCGGGAUCGACGUCCAGCAGACGAACAUACAGAAUGACAGUGCAGGUGAUACCGAAGUCCAGCAAAGCGGCGCACCCAGUGACAAACCAGGCGAAAUCGAAGUCCAGGAAAACGUACAGAAUGGCCGCGUAGGCGAUACCGAAGUUCAGCAAAGCGGCGCACCCAGUGACGAGCCAGGCGGAAUCGAAGUCCAGCAGAGCGACCCAGGCAGUAACGGACCAGGAGGAAUCGAAGCCCAGCAGAAGAACGUACAAAAUGACCGUGCCGGCGAUACCGAAGUGCAGCAGAAGAUUGAGGAGAUGCUAUGUGCCCUUGUUGAUGAGCUGGAAAAGCCACCCGAAGCCACCGAUUUGCCUUUCGAGCGCUCGGUAGACCUGAAGGCUCAGGUCCUCCUUACGAUUCGCCGCAUGUUUGUACACAGUAACCUAUUAGGUUAUUUCCCCCGUGUCCUGACUGCCAUCCUAUCCGCCCGAAAACAUUACCCAGCAGCUUCACACAUCGUUGCUGGUCUUUAUGACACAGCCAACGACAUCGUCGCCGCCUGCGAUGCUGACGUUGUUGAACCGGUGGUCGAGCUGGUUUCACGGGAGGAACGAGACGAGACUGUGACCAUGGGCGUUUGGACGUUGUCAAAUAUCAUGGAUCGUCUUCUUCAAGGGAAGACAACUAUUCGUGAGGAACUUGUGGACAAAAUCGGGUUACUAUCUGCGAAACUUCUCGCUGCGCCGAAUGCCGACAUCAGAAGACAGGGCCGAUCAUCGGCCGGCGGCGGCGGCGGCGGCGGCGGCAUGCAGGAGCCCAUCUGA